AUGAUCCACUCCCAGGAAUCAUUGACACUGGAAGAUGUGGCUGUGGAGUUCACCUGGGGGGAAUGGCAGCUCCUUGGUCAAACUCAGAAGGACCUUUACUGGGAUGUGAUGUUGGAGAACUACAGCAACCUGGUGUCUCUGGGUUAUCAAGCCAACAAGCUGGAUGUACUCUCCAGAUUGGAACAAGGAGAAUCAUGAACAGUAGAAGAUAAAAUCCACAGUCUAAUCUGUCUAGUGCACUUGCAAAACCAAAAUUGUCUGAAGAGAAUGGAACAAUGCUAUGAACAUAAUGCAUAUGGAAGCAAGAAAAGUCAUUUUCCUUUAAGGCAAAAUCAUGAUAUAUUUAACUCACAUGGGAAAAUACUAAAAUCAAAUUUAGUUAACCAGAAUCAAAGACGUGAACUGAAGAAUACUGUUGAGGCUAAUGGAAUUAGAAAACCCUUCCUCCAUACCAAAAAGUUUUAUACUGAAAAUAAGUCCUCUGAAUAUGGAAACUCUAUGAAUAUAAAUUCACAAUUCAUUAAAUGUCUGAGAAAUCAAAAGGCAAAUAAACUCCAAGUAUGCACUGAAUGUGGGAAGGCCUUCCUCAAAAAGUCUUGCCUCAUUGAUCAUCAGAGAGUUCAUACAGGAGAGAAAGCUCAUAGAUACAUUAUAUGUGGGAAAGCUUCCAGAAAGCCCAAGCUCACUGAACAUCAGAAAACUCAUAGAGGAGAAAAAAUGUAUGCAUGCACUGAAUGUGACAAAGCAUUCCACUGGAAAUCAUAGCUCAUUGCCCAUCAGAAAACUCAUACAGGAGAAUAACCCUAUGUAUGUAGUGAUUGUGGCAAAGGCUUUGCCAAGAAGUCUCAGCUCAUUAAUCAUCAGAGAAUUCACAUAGGAGAGAAACCUCAUGGGUGCGGUCUGUGUGAGAAAGCAUUUUUCAGAAAGUCCAGGCUCAUUGAUAAGAGAACUCAUACAGGAGAGAAACCUUAUGAAUGCACUGAAUGUGACAAAGCUUUCUGCUGGAAAUCACAACUCAAUGCACACUAGAAAAUACAUAUGGGAGAGAAAUCUUAUAUAUGCAGUGAUUGUGGAAAGGGCUUCAUUCAGAAGGGCAAUCUUGUUGUACAUCAGCGAACUCACACUGGGGAGAAACCUUUUAUUUGCAGUGAAUGUGGAAAAGGCUUCAUCCGGAAGGGCGAUCUCCUUAUACAUCAACAUACUCAUACUGGAGAGAAAUCCUACAUAUGCAGUGAAUGUGGGAAAGGCUUCAGCCAGAAAACAUGCUUAAUAUCACAUCAGAGAUUUCACACAGGAAAGACUCCUUUUGUGUGUACUGAGUGUGGAAAAUCUUGCUCACAUAAGUCAGGUCUCAUUAACCAUCAGAGAAUUCACACAGGACAGAAGCCCUAUAUAUGCAGUGACUGCAGGAAAGCUUUCAAUAAGUCAUGUCUCAACAGACAUCAGAGAACUCAUACAGGAGAGAGACCAUAUGGCUGCUCUGAUUGUGGAAAGGCUUUCUCCCACUUGCCAAUGGUCUCUCUUGUCUACCAUAAGGGAAUGCUGCAUGCAAGAAAGAAAUGUGUAGGUUCAGUCACACUGGAAAAUCCUUUCUCAAAAUCACACACAAGUGAUCUCAUAAAAGAGAAAAACCCUGUGGCUGUGCAGAUGCCUUCUGUGGCAGCUCAGAUUUCACUGGAAAUCAUAGCUCACUGCCCAUCAGAAAACUCAUACAGGACCCGCAGUGAGCUCCAACCAGAUAAUGUUGCCAUUGUGGGACAACCACUUGCCAGAUGUUCACCCUCAACAGACAAUAUAAUUUGCAUAGGAGAGAAACAUUAUGAAUGCAGUGAAUAUUGUAGUACUUACAUCAUAGUUGAGUAA